AUGUCUCGCGAAGCCUACCAAGUCCCCUCGAUGGGCGCCCAAGGAAACACCUUCGGCACAGAGACCGGCGGCUUCGGAGGCGGCAUGGCGGUCGACACUCCCUCCGUGGUCUAUCUCUGCGGCGAAUGCUCUGCGCGCGUGCCGCUGAAGCGAGGCGACCAGAUCCGAUGCAAGGAUUGUGGACAUCGUGUGCUGUACAAGGAGCGGACGAAGCGGUGA